GAUGGCAAUGCCAUGGAGCGUGACUGUUUGGAUGGCGGAGAUAGUCUGGAUUGUUCUCACCGGCUGGGUCUCCUCUUGCUUGACUGUUGCUGAUGAGCUCGCCUCCUCCAUCAGAACCGGAGACAUCGGCCCUUUCAAUGUCGGCUGAUAUUCACUCUACCCGAAAACCCUUCCGAUCAUUGCCUUAUGUAAGCUUAUUUCUCUUGUAGAUUUCUGUCUUCCGUUGUUGUUGGGUAUUUCAUCUUAAUUAGAGAAUCGUUAAGAAAGACCAAUAGGCAUGCGUGGCUUAGCCACCAAAUUACAGUCCUUGUGUUUGAGCUCCACCAGUAAAAUCUUUCGUUUUCGAUUGUCAAGAGUUCAUAGGAUUGAUAACUUUGCAACGCUCACUAAACUAUCUAAGCCCAAGAAAGCCCAGUUGAAACAAGUAGAAGAAGCAAGCUCGUUUGGAUUGCUGUUCAGUGAAAUAACUCAGAUUUUAGGGGCUGAAAAUGUCACUGCAGAUAAAACCCCAUCUGGGUUUUUCAUUUCCAAGGAUACCUAUGUUGGGGUUGGUGAGGUUUUGAAAGAGAGGGCACCUUGUUUGCCGAGUGUUAAAACUGCUGAGGAUGAUGCCCUGAGAGUGAAGGAAGAUGUAGCUGUUGUGGAGGAAACCAGUGUAGCUGAAGCUGAUGUUAGCCCAGUAGUUCAUGAGGUUACGAGGAUUGUCAGGGCGGAAAGUGGUUUGGUUUCAAUGGAGGAGCGGUUAGAUGAGUUGCGUUUUGAGUUGGAUUCGGAGAUUGUUGACAACGUUUUGAAGAGGUGCUUUAAAGUGCCACAUUUGGCUUUGAGGUUCUUUGAUUGGGUGAAGAUGAGAGAAGGGUUCUGUCACACAACUAAGAUAUAUAAUACUGUGCUGUGUAUAGCUGGGGAUGUGAAGGAGUUUGGGAUGGUGGAGAAGUUGGUGGAGGAGAUGGAAAGGAACUCGUGCAAGAAAGAUGUUAAGACUUGGACUAUUCUUAUCCAGAUGUAUGGGAAGGCUAAGUUAGUUGGAAGAGCCUUGUUAGUCUAUGAAAAGAUGAAGAAAUUUGGGUUUGAACCAGAUGCAGUGGUUUUCAGAAUAAUGAUAACUGCACUCUGUGCUGCUGGAAAAGCUGAUGUUGCAAUGGAAUUUUACAAGGAAAUGGUACAGAAGGACAUUGGUCUUGAUAUCAAGAUGUAUAAGCUGUUACUGAACAGCAUAGCUAGGUAUGAAGAUACUGCUGCUGCUGUGGGCUUGGUUUCAGAUAACAUGAUAAGAGUCUCACAGAUUCCUGAACAUGUGGUUUAUGGUUGUGUACUGAAGUCUUUCUGCAUCUCUGGUAGAAUCAGAGAAGCUUUGGGAUAUAUUCGUGAACUCAAGAAUAAAGAGUUUAUGCUUCUCCCUGAGUAUUUUGAGACUUUAGUGAAAGGACUGUGCAGGGCUGAUAGAAUUGCAGAUGCUUUGGAGAUUUUGGAUAUUAUGAAGAAAAGAGAUUUUGUCGAUGGAAAUGUGUAUGGGAUUAUCAUCAAUGGGUACUUAAGAAAGAAUGAUGUUUCUAGAGCACUUGAUCUGUUUCAUGGUAUGAAAGAAUCUGGAUAUUUGCCUACUACUUCUACCUACACGGAACUGAUGCAGCACCUCUUCAAUAUGAAUGAGCACCAAAAAGGCUGUGAGCUCUAUGAUGAGAUGCUCGAAAGAGGAGUUGAGCCAGAUAGCGUGGCAGUGACAGCCAUAGUUGCAGGCCAUGUCCGGCAAAAUCAUAUAUCUGAAGCAUGGAAAGUAUUUAUACAUAUGAAGGACAAAGGCAUUAAGCCCACUUCGAAGUCAUAUAUGGUAUUUAUCAAGGAGCUUUGUAAAAUUUCAAGGACAGAUGAGAUUCUCAAGGUCUUGGUUCAUAUGCAAGCAUCUGAUAUGCGCAUUCAAGAUGAGAUAUUCAACUGGGUUAUACUUCAUAUGAAGAAAAAGGGAGAGAUGGAUAGCCUUGAAAAAGUAAAGCAGAUGCGAAGUGUCAACAAAUUUCAGCCUCAUGAUGUAGGGGUAUCAAGCAAUGAUGCAUCUACGGGAGAGAGGAUCAAGACAGUGUUGGACUCGGUACCAAAGAAGUUGGAUCCCUUAUCGAACUUUAAUGCUUAUGAUGACAAGGAUUUGCAAGAAAUUUGUAAGAUUCUGUCCUCUUCAACUGACUGGUACUUAGUUCAGGAGGCUUUGGAGAAGUCUGCUGUUGUUUUCACUCCAGGACUCGUUCUGUCAAUUUUGAAGAGUCAUAGUGCUCAUGGUUUGGUAGCAUUACAGUUUUUCUCAUGGAUUGGAAAGCAAUCCGGUUAUCGCCACACUACUGAUACUUACAACAUGGCCAUCAAAAUUGCAGGACGUGGAAAAGAUUUCAAGCACAUGAGGAACCUUUUGUAUGAAAUGAGGAGAAACAGAUUCCCAAUAACACAAGAUACAUGGACAAUAAUGAUAAUGCAAUAUGGUCGAACAGGCCUCACAGAGAUUGCUCUCCAGUUGUUCAGAGAGAUGAAAAGCAAUUGCAACCCAACUGGCAGUACAUACAAGUAUCUGAUCAUAUCUCUUUGUGGGAGAAAAGGUCGAAAGGUAGAUGAAGCAAUUAAAACAUUCCAGGAGAUGAUCCGUGCUGCACAUAUACCUGACAAAGAGUUAGUUGAAACUUACAUUGGUUGUUUAUGUGAAGUUGAUAAGCUGUCAGAUGCUAGAAGAUGCAUAGAUUCUCUUUCGAAAGUUGGUUUUACAACUUCUCUUAGUUAUUCCUUGUACAUAAGGGCUCUUUGUCGAGCUGGGAGAUUACAAGAAGCUUCUGAGAUGAUGGAUGAUAUUGGGGAAGAGCGAUCCACAUUGGAUCGGUAUACAUAUGGGAGCUUCGUUCAUGGACUUCUGCGGAGUGGACAAGUGGAAGAAGCACUUGCCAAGAUGGAGUCUAUGAAGCAGGCUGGCAUGAAGCCAACUGUCCAUGUUUAUACAUCCUUAAUAGUUCAUUUCUUGAAGGAGAAACAGAUCAAAAGGGCAUUAGAAAUUUUCAAUGAAAUGCAACAGGAAGGAUGUGAACCAACUGUUGUCACUUAUUCCACCCUUAUUCGGGGGUACAUGAAUAUGGAGAUGACUGCAGAAGCUUGGAGUGUCUUUCACAACAUGAAACUGAAAGGGCCUUCUCCGGAUUUCAAAACUUAUUCAAUGUUCCUUCAUUGUCUAUGUAAGGCGGGGAAAUCAGAAGAAGCCAUGCAGCUUAUAACUGAAAUGUUGAACAGUGGGAUUAUCCCCAGUGUUGUCAAUUUUCGAACUGUAUUUUACGGACUUAACCGAGAAGGUAAGCAUGAUUUGGCUCGCACUGUUAUGGAACAGAAAUCAUCUUCAAUUAGAAAACGUAAGUUCUUAAUAUAAUAGCACGUUAUGUUUGUACAUUUGCUUUGAUUAAGUUAUGAUCAAAUGGUGGUCAUUUUUCAAAAUUUCUCAUCCUUUUUCUUUCUUUUAUCCGUUUCCUACAGGCUUUGUUUUAACAUCUUUAGAAAGUAUACCUGGACCAGAUUUGAUUUUGAAAAUUAGAUGUGAGCAUACAUGUACUCUUAAUUUUCUGACCGAAGUUGUGAAUAGAAUUUAGCAGUCUAUCAU